AAAUGUAAUCACCUGGAGCAGGAUUUCUGACUGAAAGCUGUGUGAAAACUAGACUGCUCUGCGAUGACUACAGCAAGAUAUAGGCCUACCUGGGACUUGGUGCUUGAUCCACUGGUGUCCUGCAAACUCUGCCUUGGCGAAUAUCCCGUGGAGCAGAUGACAACAAUAGCACAAUGCCAAUGCAUCUUCUGUACCCUGUGCCUAAAGCAGUAUGUGGAGCUUUUGAUCAAAGAAGGUCUAGAAACAGCAAUUAGUUGCCCCGAUGCUGCCUGCCCAAAGCGAGGUCAUCUACAAGAAAAUGAGAUUGAGUGCAUGGUUGCAUCAGAAAUCAUGCAAAGAUACAAGAAACUUCAGUUUGAAAGAGAAGUGCUUUUGGAUCCAUGUCGGACUUGGUGUCCCUCCUCUACGUGCCAGGCAGUUUGCCAGCUCCAGGAAUCAAAUCCUCAGAACCCCCAGCUGGUCCAGUGCAAAGCCUGUGACAUAGAGUUCUGCUCUGCUUGCAAAUCCAACUGGCACCCGGGUCAAGGCUGUCAAGAGAAUAUGCCAAUCUCCUUUCUUCCAGGAGAAACAAGUUCGGUUUUUAAAAUGGAAGAAGACGAUGCUCCAAUCAAGCGCUGUCCAAAGUGCAAAGUUUACAUUGAGCGAGACGAAGGCUGUGCCCAAAUGAUGUGCAAGAACUGCAAACAUGCCUUUUGCUGGUACUGUCUGGAAUCCCUUGACGAUGAUUUUCUUCUUAUACAUUAUGACAAAGGACCAUGUCGAAACAAGCUGGGUCACUCCAGGGCAUCUGUUAUCUGGCACAGAACACAGGUGGUAGGAAUUUUUGCAGGAUUUGGUCUUCUCCUUUUGGUGGCCUCCCCUUUUCUUCUGCUAGCUACACCAUUUGUUCUGUGCUGCAAGUGUAAAUGUAGUAAAGGAGAUGACGACCCUCUGCCUACCUAGAACAAGAGAAGAUUGGACUCAUCACAGCAUUCGUUUUGAUUUUGUUGUUGCUCUUGUUGUUUCCCUUUUGCACUUACAUUGCUGUAGCCUUACUUGGCCCGUCCUGCUUUUUCUUGACACACAGUCUUGGUUCCAGGAACUGUUUGUUAAUGUUGUUGCAUAGAUCAAUUGAUAUUAGACAAGGAGUAAUGGAAGUAAUGGAAGGCAAGUUUGGUGCUUAAGGAAGACCAUGGACCGAGGUAGCCUCUGAAAUGAAGAUGUGAUUCUGCAAAAAAUAAUGCAAAAAGUUUGUUGCCCUUAUGGACUGGAAACUGUAUUAAAUGAUAUCAGCAAAAUGACUUUUAAAAUACAUACAAAUUGAAGCUUUUUGCAUAUCCAUUAGCUUCAAAGUUUGGUGUCUUAUUUCUCUAUGUGUUUAAGUUGCCUAUCAUUUAAAUUGGGUAGUCAACCUAGUGUGACUUGAACAUGUUUAUUACACUUCUGUGUUUUGUUAACAUUGACAUUGCAGCAUCCUUUUUAGUGCAUAUUUUUCCAAGAAUAGCAAAAUCAAUAAGGUGCAUAUCCGCCAUCUUAAUGCCUUUCUUGAAAAUUGGGGAGGGACAGAUGGACAAAAUUGGUCCUGUUGCCUUCUGAGAAUAUUAGGAAGUCUUACGAGAAAUUUGUAUGAUUGAAAACUACAUUUCUGAAGUGAAUAUAUGAAGCUGUAAGGUUGAGUGAUGACACAAACUUACUAUCUAAUCAAGAUUCUUUUAAGAAUGCAUUGAUGGUAUUGAUUACCACUGGACCACUAGUCUUUUUCAGAAUUGUUAUUUUUUUUGCUGUUGUUUAGGGUUCUGCUACAUUUAUAGGGCUAUGUAACUUCUAAUCCAGGUAUCUUAACCUUUUUAUAUAGAUAUAGAUAUAUAUAUAAUCCUAUUUAAACCAAAUGUGUAAAUAGCUGUGCUAUUGAAAUAUUUUGGAAGUUCAAGAUAGCUUGCUUCUGUCUUAAGGGCAAUUAUUAAAAAUACAAGCGUAAUUUUGUUAUUCGUCAGACUUGGGCUUAUCAAUGAAUCUUUCCUUUUAAGUAUAAAAAUUCUAAGCAUCAGGAUGAUCCCUAUAGUUAGUUAUAAAAAUGCCUGGGAUAUUUGUGGAAGUUGUAUUUAACGUUUAAACUGCUUAGCCCGUUUUCAGAGUUAAUAUUGUACAGUGUGUGCUGUUAAUAACAAUACUGUGACAAAACAACUUUUAUUUGAGAGUGAGUCAGUGACCUGGUUUGGUAGUUUUUCAGAAUUCACAGUGCUAUAUGUUUCCAGGGUAGUAAAAUAUACUAGUCAAAAUAGUGUUAAUCAUAGUAGUUUUUAUUUAGUAAUGUUUUAUGGAAAAUGAUCCUAGCUGUUUUUAAAGCCUACAAGAAUUUAACUAACAACUUAUGAAAUAUGAUGCACCUGAAUUGCUGUGUAUGUAAUUGCUGUGUAAUACUGGAUGAAGACAUUCUACUGAAUGGCACAUGGACUGAAGGUUGACUGCAUUUAUUUCAUUGUCACUUAUAUCUGUGCAUUAUCCUCGUAGUAAGGUGGAUGAAUAUAUUGAAGCCAGGCUAAUUUUGCACUGAAAAAUGUCUCAGAACCUUUAAAUGCAAUUGUUUCUAGCUACUUUCACUUGCUGGGAAUGUAAUUUUAUAGCUCAGUCAUAAGGAUGUGACUCCUCUUUCUAUUAACUUUUAUUUUAUACCUCCUGUUAAAUAAAAUGAUUGGACAGUAUAAUUUUGGGAAGACCACUGUUCUUUUAUAAAACUACCCUUGAAUUCUUUCUUCUCCUUUUUCCAAGUUUUAAAGGUAUCCAAAUUCACACUAUAUCUAAAUCCAAAUUUUAUCUCCUGGAGUUGCAUGCUUGCUUAUUUGGCUUGAUUUUAAUGAGUUCUGCCAUUAUAACAAGAAUAAAAAGGAUAUCUGUUUACCAGCAAGUCUGAAUUCCUUAUCACCUUUUUUAUGGUAAUGCACAGUUCAGAUAUUUGCUUAUAAUAUCUAUUUUUUUGUUUUCAUAGAUCUUUUUAGACGAUAUUUUAGAUCUUCUUUGUUAUUAAAAAUUGCUUUGUUAUUCAAAAAUAUUCCAGAUGGGAAAGUGGGUGUCACAUUCAAACACCUUGUUUGCCUAGGUAUUGUGUGAAGCACUGCUGGGUUCAGUGGGCAGUGAAGUAGUCACCUCACGCUGGUUCUGGCAGCAAGUUAAGUCCAUAUCACCAGAGAAGCAGAAGACUGUUAAGCUUUGCUUAUCUUGAAUCUUUGCUUCAAUGCGCAGAAAUAAUGGACACCCUCCUGUGAAUGACAAUGUCCUGCAGGUAAGAUUGAGUGGGGAAGCCUGAACCAUGACAUUUGAUCUCUGGCCCUGUAACUUGAUUUAACUGGAGGAAAAAAAAAAAAAAAAAAAGAAAACAAAAAAAGAAAACAAAAGGACAAAAAGGGCAGGAGGACAUAAAGAUUUCCUGGAGUGUUCAUUUUCUUAUUGUGUGGCACUGGUGGCAGUGACCAAUUCUCUUGCAGCGUUAGAAGGCUGCAAAAGUGCAGUGGCCUGCUAGUAAAGGGUGUCUUAGGACACAAUUUAGACAAUUAGACUGUCUUAGGACACCACUAUCUGGGUGUCUUAGGACACAAUUUAUUUUCUCCUGUGCCUUUCUUAGAGACAGUCUUUAUGUGGCGAUAUAGCAAAUUUCUGUGGUGCAGAGACCUACUGUCCCCUGGGUGGCUAGUCAAGAAUCAGUGUCAAAAUUAAGGUAUGUCCAGAUUCAAAAAAAAAAAAAAAAGUAUAAAUAUUUUUAAAUGGUAGCUUAGAAUUGAAGCUCAAAGACAACAUUAUACAUGAGCAGAAAAGUGUGUACUUUUUUUGUCGGCAUAUCUGUCUCUGAUUUCAAGAUACUUGAAUUGCUACUGGAAAUCUAUGUAGCAUGUCACUUGAUACACAUUCUGGCGCUUAGGGUAGCCCAUAUGCCUCCAUACACUUACCAAAUAGCUAAUCCAUUCAGGUAUGCUAAAUGUCAUUUCUUCUGCAUUAUUAUGGGGAAAAAUUAUGGGGGAGAUCUUUUUUGUUUAUUUAUUUUUUUCUUUUUAAUGCUGUUUUGUUUCCCAAGUAAUAUAUUUUCAGUAGUAAUUUACUGAGAAUGGGACUUUUUUUGUGUGUGUUAUAGUUUAUGUUGAUAGUGUGACAUCUACUACCCAGAAAUCAGAUAGUAAAUAUGUUAUUUUACACUCUGACAUUUAAGCCCUAUAUAAUAGAGAAGUGAAUGUUUGUCUCUCUUGCUUUUUACAUGACUUUGUUGUAACAGCCUUGUCUUUUUAAAUUUUCAUACGAAAGUGAGAUUCACUGCAUGAUCUUUGUUGCAUUCUUAUGGCUAUGCUAAGAUUUAGUUUGUUUGCAUUGCCUUAAAUGCUGUUUUAAUGGAGUUUUUUAGCAGUACAUGGAUGCAUGUUCUGUUGGGAGUAGUGUCUUGUCUAGUGAGCACAGGAGUGUGGAGGCCGGACUUCCAAGGCUUUGCUUCUCCCUGGACUUGCAACUAAUUGAGCUCUAGUCAGUUCUGAGCAAGAUCAGUAGCAAAACCCACACUGAUUUCAAUGAUGGUAAUAUUGGUACUUCCCAUGGGACAUUGGACAAGUCACUUUUCUUCUUUUAUCUCAAUUUACCCAUCUUUUAAAUGGACGGAACAAUGCUUAGCUACCUCACAGGAGCGUUGUGAGGAUAAUUUCAUUGGUUUGCAGACUCUUUAAGUUUCUCUGAUGAAAGAUUAUCUAUAAAUACACGCUGUGGUUUAUGUUAAUAUUUAAAUUUUAUUCAAGUUAACAUUCAUUUUUAAGCCACCUACUGCAGCAUACCAAGAGUGAGAUGCUCUCCUCCACGUACCAAGCAGCAUGAUCUUUCC